AUGAAGCUGAAAGCCGGGGUGCUGUGCCAUAGCGGCAUUAGCGCCCCGAAGGCUCGGUCUCAUUGCUUCAUCACUCACACCAAUGUGCCCUGGCCUGGGGUUUGGAAUGACGCCCGUGCAUUAGUGCAUGACGGCGCCGAUGCGCCAUCUCCAUCCCCCUCGACAUCACGUCCGAAGGAGCGGUGUCAUGUACGGGGAGGGACAUGGCCUUGCCCAAGCGUGGUGCGUUGCAUGGAGCACACGACCGCGCGCCGGCUGGGGCUCUUCCAAAGCCCUACGAAGAGGCAGGUGCACAUGCCCCAGGCCUCGCAAGGUUAUCCCGGUGCGGCUUCUCGACGUAUCGCACCGGAUACCCGGCCAAAGCCGUCCACUGCCACGGAACAGAACCAAUGGCACGCACACACAACGCCCCCCUGCAGGACUAAAACGCCCCUGGCAGCCCUAAGCAAUGCCAAACAGUGCCGCCACCGCUGA